CCCAAAGAGCCUAAACUGACCUUGUGCUUUGCUUUUUGUUCGUCUGACUCCAACACACAGAGCAUGGUGCAGGGAUGAGUUUAAGCUUGAAGGCUGUGGCUGUGACCUGCUCAGCUCCCCAGGAUGCCCCACAAGAUCGGUUUCACGGUGGUCAGUUCGUCGGGACACGAGGAUGGGUUCAGUGCUCGGGAGCUGAUGGUUCAUGCGCCGACAGUGAACGGGUGGCGAUCGCCCAGGCUCUGUCAGUACCCCCAGGAAAUCACCCUGCAGUUGGUGGAGAGGUGUCGGAUACGAAAGCUGCAGCUGCUCGCUCACCAGUACAUGAUUGCAAGCAAAAUUGAGUUCUACAUCAGUGAAAGUCUGCCUGAAUACUUUGCUCCAUAUCAGUCGGAGAGGUUUCAGAGACUUGGUUAUGUCCCUCUCUCAGACAAUGAGAAGACUGAUUUCAGAGCUCGAGAGUUGAAAUCUGUGUAUAUGGAUGCAGUUGGCCAGUACCUGAAGCUGAUUUUCCAUAAAAAUUAUGCCAAUAAAUACAACUUGUAUGGGCAGGUUGCCCUGGUGGCUGUGAACAUUAUUGGGGAACCAGCAGACUAUGGCAAUGACAUCAUGAGCAGUCCUUCCAGAGAUAAGCUGAUAGAUCACUACUUGGGAAUUAAAUUGGAUGACCCUGCCCUGGAUGGAACUUACCUUGGGAAACGUGACUCCAUUUCACCUCUGGACGAUUUGGCCUUUGACAUGUACCAGGACCCAGAAGUGGCUCAGAUAAUCCGGAGGCUGGAUGAGAAGAAGAGGGAAUCUGUGCGUCUCGAGUGCUAUGACCACGCCAAGAGGCUCAAACAGGCCAUUGCAGACUUGCAGAAGGUGGGCGAGCGGCUCGGCCGGUACGAGGUGGAGAAGCGUUACGCCGUAGAGAAAGAGGAUUAUGACCUUGCCAAGAAAAAGAAGGAGCAGAUGGAUGAGUACAGGCUGAAGGUGUACCAGCAGCUGGACCUGCACGACCUCCUGGAUGCACAGCUGCUGAUCCGAAAGCCAGCUGAGUUGCCUUUGAGAUCUGUGAGUGGCACUGAGAGCCCCCAGAGCUCCCCUCCUGAGCCCACAGACCCACCCCGAGGAGACCCCCGGAGGGCAGAGCCUGUGCUGGAGGAGCAGCUGUUGGAUCCUCCUUCUUCUGAGUCUGUUGUUCCCUACCAGUCCCCUCUUUCUCCUCGGACUCAGCCCACAACCUCCAAGGAAGCGUUUUCCAAGGAAAAUGUUGGAUUUUUACCUUAUGAUGAGAGACCUCUCCCAGCCAUCUGCAGGCAGGUGGAUGAAGCUGUUGCCUACCUUGAGCCAGAGGUGACUGAAGAGGACAUGGGUGAUGCUUCAAGGACUGGCAAUACUGGGGAGCCUGAAGCACUCACGGAGAAGGCACUGAGGGAAGCCAGCCCUGUUGUGGAAGUUUUUGGAGAGACUUUGGUUUCAGGAGCAUAUUCCAGAACUUGGUCAUGUCGAGAAGAUGCUUUACUGACUGUGUACAAGAAGCUGAUGGAAGUGUCAGUGGACACUCCAAAGGAGGAUUUAAGGAACAUGCUGAGGGCUGCUGUUUUCCUUGUGAGGAGGGCCAUCAAAGACACUGUGUCUUCAGUUUUUCAGACUUCCCUGAAACUUCUAAAAAUGGUUAUUACCCAAUAUAUACCAAAACACAAACUAGGGAAGCUAGAAACUUCUCAUUGUGUGGAAAAAACCCUGCCAGAUUUGCUUUCUAGAACAGGAGACUCUUCAUCCCGUCUUCGUCUGGUGGCUUCAACCUUCAUCCAGGAAAUGGCGCUAUGCCCUGAAGUAAAGCCUCUCCAGAUUAUUCCAGUCCACCUGGUUAAAACAUUAAAACCAAACUGCCCAACACAUCUGGCAAUGAGUCAUGUGGAAUUGGUGGAAUCUCUCCUGGGAGCUAUGGGGACAGAAAACUCUGGGUUUACCAUCAACAACGUCAUGAAGUUUGCCACAGGAGCUCUGGAGCACAGGGCUCAUGAAGUGCGAGAGGUGGUGCUGAGGAUCAUCUUUGCCAUGUACAGGGAGCACAGGGCAGCUGUGCUGGAAUAUCUCCCUCCCGACGACGCCGGCGCCCGCAGAACCGUGCGCUACAAAACACUCUUUGAGGGGUUUGCCAAAAUCGAUGGGAAAUCCUCUGAAACUGAGCUGAAGGCACGGAGAAAAGCAGCAAGAGAAGCAGAGAAACAGACAGAGGAAGAAAUGGAAGUUCUAAAAGACCACCCAGCAGCUCUAAAGUUAGAGUUACAAGCAGAGGUUGAAACUGAAGAGGAGAAAGAAUCUGAUUUGGAGAGGACAAAGAAUCAAGGUUCCCAGAUACACGAAAGCCCCCAGUCUACAGCAGCAAAGAUUCAGGAGGAACUUUCCUCUGUUGCAAAUUACCUGGAUAACUUGUGCAUUUUUUGUGGUGAAAGGAAUGAGUCCUUCACAGAGGAAGGGUUGGAUCUGCAUUACUGGAAGCACUGCCCCAUGUUAACCCGAUGUGAGCACUGCAAACAGAUGCUGGAGAUUGCCAGCCUGACAGAGCACCUGCUGACUGACUGUGACAAAAAGGACAGCUUUGGGAAGUGCCCACGCUGCAGAGAGGCUGUGCUCAGGGACGAGCUGCCCAGACACAUAAAGAGCAAGAUUUGCAAUUCUGCCAAACCAGAAAAUGUGGCAAACCACUGUCCUUUGUGCCAUGAGAACUUUCCCCCUGGAGAAGAGGCCUGGAGAGCUCACCUGAUGGACAAAGAUGGAUGUAAAAUGAACCAGCGGAGGACAUCCUCCAUCAGCAAAACUAUUGUGGUGCAGCCUGCCAAAGUAGGUGGCUACUAUUUAAGGAAACCAGGUCCUUCAGGAACAAAGUUUCAACCUCCUUCAGUAGGAAGCAAGAUCAGAACCCGAGGGGGCCCAAAUAAAAACACUGGCAAAACAUACUCAAAGCGAUGACAGGACAAGUAUUUCUUUGUCUGAAUAACUGGGCACGUGGCUGUUCAGAGCUAUUUAAAAGUUGUGGGCCACUUGUAUCAUCUUUUGUAUGGGAUGUUUUUAGCCUUGAGCAGUGCCUGGUGUGAUCCCCAUGGCAUUGCUGUCACUGCAGCACCAGGCUUUGCUCCUAGGAAUGCUCAUGUUGGAAAUACCAAAUGUUCUGGGACAAAGAAGCAUUAUUUUGACAGAUAACUGUGCUCUCCUUUCCAAUCCCAUGUCUGUAAUUUAAUAGGUUCAAGCACAUUAACUAUGUCAGGGGAGAGAAGUCUCUUCUCUGGGUCCUCUGAGGUGCUCGAGCAACAGGAGCCACACGUGGGGGAAGCCUGGUCUAUUGUGUAUGUCAGAUUUAGGGUUCUAAAGGCAGCAGAGCUGUACCCAAAGCACUCAAUCCCAGGAAUUAGCACCAAAUAGGAAAGCCAGAGGGCUGGUUGGAUGUUUUCCUGUGUUGUGCCACUGUGCAGGAGGUGACAGGACAUUGUGCCUCUCUCACUGUGCACCAAGUGCCUUAUGAGCCCACUUGGCAGGAGAGUUAAACUAAACCCUCCAAGUCUGAAUCCCCAAGAAAUGGCCCCUUACAGAAACUAAAAAAUAAUCUUGGUUGGGCCCUGAAGAGCUUGAAUUAGUAAAUUUAGACCUUUUUGCCUGCUUUAGUGCACUUUCAGCUUGAAUACUGAGCUUCUCUAGUUAGAUAUUGAUUAAAAUAACCAGCCACAGACUGGAGCACCUCUUUAACAGCUUCAGAGAGACAAAGUCUAUAAAGACCCAAGGCAUGAAGCUUUGUACCAAAGCAGCAAUUCUUACAUCUCUACCUGUAACGUUCCAGCUGUUGCUCUUCAGUGGGAUUGGUACCAUGGGCACAGGAAUGAGUGAUGUUGAUAAUAUGAGGGGAAUUUGGGGGAUUUUUGCUCCCAUGGAGUGACUUUGUGGUGUUGUUUUGUAUAUAAAGAGCUGAUUUUGUAAUGUGUUUUUUUCUAGUUUGCCUGCAGCCUGCCUACCAGCUUAUGGAUUCUCCAGGCAGAGCAGUGUGCUUGGAUUUCAAUAAUCUUUGCAUAAAUUGUUUCUCUAACUCUUCCAAAUACAUAUCUCAAUAAUUACAGACACAUUAGGAACAUAUAUAUAGGUAUUAUUAUUUUCCCUUUAGUGACAUGGGUUCCUAUUUGAGAGCCUGAUUCUGCAUGCUGAAUAAAUAAUAAAUAUCUCAAAAUAAGCAUUGAUCUUGCUCAGAGGUAUAAGGGUGAAAACUACUCUGUGGUACACUAAGGAAAUAACUUAGCAGUAAUAAAAUGGCAUUUUUUUAGAAUGUGAAAGGACCUGUUUGGAGUACAGUAGUACCACCAGUGUCAUGUUUAAAGGUGGAUUUACCAGGAUUCUUCCUUAAUUAACAACCUAGGUUUGCUGCAGUGGCAAAAUAAACACUGGAGUGAAAAACACCAUGAGGUUUGGUGCUGUGCCACCAAGACUUGAGCAAAAUAUUCCAGAGAAAAUCCAUUGCACAGGUGUGGUUCUGAGCAGUGAAAGAAGGUCUGCAAAAUGUUGGUCUGGAACUGGAUUUGGCAACAAUGGGGUCUCAGUAGGAAAGCAAGGAAAGAGUGUGGUUGUGAGCUCAGGGCUGCUUUCUGUGUGAUCUCUGUCCAUUUGAACUGUGCCUGAGUGUCAGCUGAGGUGUUUUCAUGUGUCACUGCAGAGAUGGUUCCAGGGCAGCCUCUGUCCAUGCGUGCAGGAGUUGAUCUCAUCCCAAGAGAGCAUAUAUAGUGAUUGCAUGUUCCUCAGUGCUGGAUGAAUAAAUCAGAUACUGAAAUCUGGGAUAUUUUAUCAAGAAAAGGAGUCACUUGUGUUAAAUGUCAGUUAUUUUUAUUGCACAUAUUUAAUA